GGAAAGGCUAAUUAAUUACACUCGAUAUUUUCACCAACAAAACACUUCAACAGAGAAUGCACAGCAUGUUCAACAUAUUGUCUCAUUUACUAGGUUAUAACUUUACUUCGCAAGAUGUAGCCAACGACAGCGCAACAGCGAGUGCCUACCAUAAGAUUAUUGAAACUUUCCGAUAUGCUUACGCCAGACGCGCGUUGCUAGGAGACAAGAAGUUUGCCACUAAUGCAUCGAAGGUGAGUGCAGGUUGAGGUUUCUUAAACGGCCAUGGCUGUUGCAUUGUUCGACUGCAUUUGGAAAUUGGGCUUGGCCGGUUAUUUUGCGUAAUGAGGAAAAACAUUCUAGCUUACUCAUGGAUGGAUUUACUUUGGGGCAAGGGUGCGCACCGCCCCUAGCCUGGGCGGAGUGAGGGGGGGGGGGGUCGCCUUAGAGCCCUCUAGUGAUUACCGAGUUAGACAAAGGUCAAUAAGCACCCCUCCACCCUGCAGAUCUGACUGGAUCCAUUCCUGAACCUCUUUUUCUACAUCUAUUUCAGGUAUUCGAUGAACUCCUAAAUGAAGCCUAUGCAGAGAGCAUACGUUUGAACAUUACUAACCAAACGUAUCACAACGCCAGUCACUAUGGAGGAUAUUAUGCAAAUUAUGACGCCCCUGGCACCUCGCAUCUCUCAGUGUUAGCACCGAACGGAGACGCAGUAUCGGUCACCAGCACUAUUAACACUCAGUAAGUUAAAAAAUUCUGAUUAACUGCAUGUUCAAAUGAAUGAUUCCAGCUAGAUACUAAAUUUUGAUCUGGGCAAGAAGAGCAAAAUCCAUCAGCACAGCUAGAUAGAGCAUGUUAAAAUUGGUAAAAUUAUUGCAAAUUUUGGUUGCGAAAUGUUGUAAAUUUUGUAUUAAUUUGUAUUACCCAAGGGAAAAUGCACCAUGUGAAAUUUACGAUUGUUCGAUCCCGUAAGAUAUAAUUGACUAGUGGCUUAAUUGUUCUUACUAAGCUUUGCAUUGGCUUCUUUUAUUUCAAGGGCCACGAAAAGUUAUAUUUGCUCUAUUCCGUUAAUAUUUCCUUGUCAGGCACAAAAUGUCCAGUGUCAGGCACCAUGCAAUCAGUUGGUACCGGAUACUUUGUUAGGCACCGUUGGAAAUUUAUUCUCAGGCUUGAGGGUUUGACAGCAUCUUAUAUUUCUUUCAGCUUUGGUUCUAAAGUGCGUUCUACGGUGACGGGAAUAACGUACAAUAACGAAAUGGACGACUUCUCAACUCCUGGUCUCACCAACGCAUUCGGAGUUGAACCCUCGCCAAGUAAUUUCAUCGAACCUGGCAAACGUCCUAUGUCUUCAAUGAGUCCUAUCAUUAUGACGAAUUCCAGUGGGGAUGUUGUGUUCAUUGCUGGGGCAUCUGGGGGUACCAGAAUUACUACGGGGACUGCAUUGGUAAGAUUGUUAGGUUGUAAAAUGUGUACCAUUAUGCCAUACACUAUACCAUACUACAUCAAACUAUACCACACACCAUACCAAACCAUGCCGUACUGUACCAUACUAUAUUUAUACCACACUAUACCAUGCACAUACCAAACCAUACUUGUACCACUAUACCAUACUAUACUAUACCACACCAUACUAUACACCAUACCAUGCUACACUGUACCAUUACCACACCAUACUUAAACCACCAUACCAUACCAUACCAUACCAUACCACACAAUGCCAUACCACAUCAUACCAUACUAUACCACACCAUAUUAUACACCAUACCAUGUUACACUGUACCAUACUAUACCAUAUUAUACCACCAUACCACACUUAUACCACCAUACCACACACCAUACUAUACCAUACCAUACUUAUACCACAAAAUACCAUACCAUGUUGCACCACACCACACCAUACCAUACAACACUAUACUGUAAUGUAACACACCACUUAGCAUGUCAAGAGGAAGUGUUGAGCAUUAAAUAUAUGUCCAAUCAAAUGUUUAGGCAACAAUGCACAAAAUAUGGUUUGGUCGAAACACAAGUGAAGCCGUCACCAUGCCUCGAUUUCAUAACCAACUGCUUCCCAAUUACACAGCAAUAGAAGAGGAACCCUUUAACCUGGCAACAAAUAUCGUUGAAGCACUCAGAGGCUAUGGACAUUAUGUAGAAACAAAAAGUUUCUUUUCUGUUGUGCAAGCAAUCUCCAAGGAACAGGAUGGAAAUAUCUAUGCAAAAUCUGAUCCGAGAAAGGGCGGGUACAGCGAAGGAUUUUAGGAUUUUUACAGAGGCCAACAUUACGUCGGGGGGGGACUACCCUACCCCAUUUUUUGAUUUUAAAACAAGAAUAUUUAGUAUUAUAUGUACCAAAAUAUUAUUAUGUCAUUUCAACCAUGAGAUUGAUCAUAUUGUUUCAAUUGAGCAUAUCAGCACUUAAUUUAUAAAGCAAGAAUGUUUCAGAAAUGAAACUAGCAUGAACAAUAGAGCUAGAAUAUUUUAGAAAUUUAACCUUAGUCACCCUGAAUAUUUUGACUUUUGUGAAAUGUGCAUCACUGUAUUGUUAGAGAAGAUUUUGCUGCCAGUGAGCUAAAUGCAUAUUUGGCAUUUUGACUUUUCAAGUUCAUUUAUAUGUAUAUAAUUAUAGACCUUAUUAAUUAAGAAUGAUAAAAUGUCAUGUAUUUAGCUUGUAAGACUUUCAGAACAAGUAAUAAGUAAAUAAAAUACAGUUUUAAAAUGUUAGAA